AUGAUCAUGGAGCCACUGCAUCACCACAUUCUCCUUAUGAAGUUGCUAUUCGUAUGCCUUUUGGGCACUGGAGAUGGAGCACGAAUUUUGGCACCAUUCUUCCUGCCUGUAAAGAGCCACUUUAUGAUGACGGAUGCCAUUAUAAGGGAAUUAGUGAAGCGUGGACAUGAGGUCACCUUCAUCACACCGCUAUCAUUGGCCAAGGAAAACUUGGGGCCGAACUACAGGGAAAUACUUUUGCCCAAGUACGAUACCUGGGCCGACAUAUCUGCGAUGAUGAAAACAAAAUCGGCACUGGACAUGAUUGACAUGUCAAAGCUAACACACAUGCGACUGGCCCAACACAUUGGCAUCAAGUCAACGGACUUUGCUCUGGCCCAUUCCGAAGUUCAGGAGUUGAUCUACGCCAAGGAUAAGAAGGGGAAAUUCGAUCUGCUCCUUGUGGAACAGUUCCACAAUGAGGGAGCUCUAAUGCUGGGUUAUAUUUAUGAAAUACCUGCAAUUACCAUAGCUACUUUCGCAUACGCAAACUAUUUUAGUCAAGUCUUCGGCUUUGUGAAUCCACUGUCCUACGUUCCCAAUGUUUUUUUAUCCUGUACGGAUAGAAUGUCCUUGUGGGAGCGAUUGGAAAAUGUAGUGAUUAGCACGGCUGAGGAUGUUGUCCGGGAAGUGUCCUACUAUCCGCAACAGGAUGCCGUCAUCAGGAAGCAUUUUAGUAGCUUACUGCCUCGGGUGCCGACGGUCAAGCAGUUGGAACAGAACAUCUCGGUUAUUCUUUUGAAUAGCUACAUGCCACUGACUUCGCCAAGACCCAUGACCCAGAAUAUGAUUUCAGUGGGUGGACUGCACAUCCUGCCACCCAAACCCCUACCAGAACAUAUUAAGAACUAUCUAGAUAGCGCUGAGCACGGUGCAAUUUACUUUAGCUUGGGAUCUCAAGUGCGCAGUGCUGAUAUGCCAAUGGAAAAGCUUCAAAUUUUUCUUGAAGUCUUCGCCAGCUUGAAGCAAAGGGUCCUUUGGAAAUUCGAGGAUGAUCAGCUGCCCAAUCUUCCGGACAACGUUAAGGUCGAAAAGUGGUUACCCCAGGCUGACAUAUUGGCACAUCCGAACGUGAAGGUUUUCAUCGCCCAUGGAGGACUGUUUGGAAUGCAGGAGGCAGUUUACCAUGCGGUACCGGUGCUCGGAAUGCCAUUCUACUUCGAUCAGGAUAUAAACAUUAAGGCGGGCCAAGCAGCUGGAUAUGCCAUUGGCUUGGACUAUCGCACCAUUUCGAAAGAUCAGCUGAAGUCUGCGCUUCAUGCGCUUUUGACAGAUCCCAAAUAUCAAGCUAAUAUGAUGAAAGCAUCGCGAAUUUUCCGGGAUCGUCCACUCGGCGCUAUGGACACCGCGAUGUACUGGAUUAAUUAUGUCGUCGAACAUCGGGGGGCGCCACAUUUGGUGGCAGCAGGAGUACAUCUGCCCUGGUACCAGUUCUAUCUUCUGGAUAUCUCAGCAAUUAUACUGGCUAUUAGUCUAUUACCAAUUUUGACCUUGUAUGCUGUAAGUCGAAAUAUUAAGUCUUUUAGAGAAAUUCGAGCACUGAAGAAAGUGGCGAAAACUGAAUGA